GAUGGCGGAAUAUGGGAAGAGGAAGAUAACAAAAAGCAAGCGAAAAAUCUUUAAGCGUAUAUUUAAAUGUAUAAAUGCAUAGGUCCAUGAAUUUCAUAAGCCCCAGUACACUAUUAACAACCAACCAGUCAAUAUCAAAGAAACCCGAGCACAGCUGCCACCAUUUUGGUUUUUUUCGCACCCAGAGCUCUUGAACUGAUCAAAAAAGUCGAAUUUUUGCAUUGAGUGAGUUACUGCACAGCGGAAAAAGAAGCCGACCAACAGGAAUUUGCAACAUUGCUGCUGGUAGGCGAGAAGUGUGUCUGGUCAUAAUCGCCUGGGAGCAAAUCACUCGCGAUUGCUCAGUGGACAUCUUGAGUUCACUGCAUCUGUUCCGCCACUGUAGAAGCCUAAAAACAAUAUUCAAUAUUUUGCCGAAACGCCUUAAUAUUUCUUUGCGUGUGCGAGCACCUAAUUUGACGCCGAGACCUUAUUCAUCUACACAUUUUGUAGACUCCACGAAACACCAAAGGAGAUUCUGCAAAGACGGCCCGGGUGUUUUUAUUGAAGCAGUGAGCUGCAGACUAUGUCUCACUUUUUGCUUUUCCCAAACACACAGAAGCACACAUAGUUAUGGCUGCGACGAGAAAACUGCAAGGUGAAAUUGAUCGAUGUUUAAAAAAGGUAGCCGAGGGCGUUGAAACUUUUGAGGAUAUAUGGAAAAAAGUUCACAAUGCAACAAACACUAAUCAGAAACAAAAACAUCUGCAAGAAAAGUAUGAAGCAGAUCUCAAAAAGGAGAUCAAAAAGUUGCAACGACUACGCGACCAGAUCAAAUCAUGGAUUGCUUCUGCCGAGAUUAAGGAUAAAAGCGCCCUUCUCGAGAAUCGAAGACUCAUUGAAACUCAAAUGGAACGCUUUAAAGUUGUUGAGCGCGAAACAAAAACCAAAGCCUAUUCAAAGGAAGGUUUGGGCGCUGCACAAAAGAUGGAUCCUGCGCAAAGAGUCAAGGAUGAUGCACGAAAUUGGUUAACCAGUUCAAUAAGCUCACUCCAAAUUCAGAUUGACCAGUAUGAGAGUGAAAUCGAAUCGCUUUUGGCAGGGAAAAAAAAAAGAUUGGAUCGAGACAAACAAGAGCGGAUGGAUGACCUUCGAGGAAAACUUGACCGGCAUAAAUUUCAUAUAACAAAACUAGAGACUUUGCUUAGACUGCUAGACAACGACGGAGUUGAAGCAGAGCAGGUCAACAAAAUUAAAGACGAUGUAGAAUACUAUAUUGACUCAUCGCAAGAACCGGACUUUGAAGAAAAUGAGUUUAUUUACGAUGAUAUUAUCGGACUCGACGAAGUGGAGCUUAGCGGAACGGCUACGACGGAUAGUAACAACAGUAACGAGACAAGUGGGUCUCCCAGUAGUGUCACUUCCGGAGGCAGUCCGUCACAGUCGCCAGUUACGGUUCAACACAUUUUAAAUACCUCGACGCAGGCAACCAGCAGUGGCAGCAGCGCAGCCAGUGCUGUGCUAUUUCAGCAGCAAUCGGCAGCCACGUCCAAUGGUAGCAAUGUAGGCUACGCGAGCGAUACAAGCGCAGCUUCAUCAUCAGCAACCACAUCUACAGAUCCAGCGGGCAGCACAGCUGCCAUUAACUGCAGUGGAGGAGGUGUUGGCGACAAGCGGAACAAGAGCAGCGACAGCAACUCCAACAACAAAUCGAAACCACUGCCUCAGCAGCUUGUCAAGCCUACACCUGUGCGACCGUCGACCAAACCUCUUUCGAGUAGUGAUACUCAAGUAAAUAAGAUUCUUAGCUCAACACCUAGCAAAAACCAGCAGCAACUGCCCACUGCAGCUUCAAUCGUUGCUGCCUCCGGCUUGUCACAGAACAGUAGCAGUGGCAGCGGAAAUGCCAAUUCCCCAGCGGGAACAGGAUCGCUACAAUCAGCUUCUGGUGGUCACAAUCCUGCGGUUCAGCCACACGCUCCAACGCCCGGGUUAAAUGGCGCUAGUAUCGCAGCCAUCACAGUCGGUGUAUCGAAUGCCGUUCCGGCAUCAAAUCCGAGUACCAUUAAUGUUCAAGGCCCACCUGUGAUUCAAGCAACACCAACCAUUGCUUUUUCUGCCGUUGCAAAACACAGUUCAUCACUCCUGGAAAAUGGGCCUUUACUGCAGCAGCAACAAACCAUAGCUCCUACAGUGGCAGCUGCCGUUGGAUCCGGAGCACAGGUACAUUUGCAACAGGCAGCACAAAUAUCCAAUCUUCAAACGAAUUCCUCACAUAUACAAAAUGGUCUACCUGUCUUGGACAGCGCUAGCGAAAACCGCAUUAGUGUCGUCGAUACAAUUUCCCUUAAAACAAUGGCACAGGAAGCCAUUAAUCGAUCGGGAAUCGAGACAAAUUCAUUGAACCAGCAACAAGUUAGCAACAUCGACACAAGGCAGCAGCAUUCACUUCUUCACCAGCAUUUUAGCUCGGAAAACACUGCCAAUCCGCAGCAAGGGGCAUCACAACAGCAACAACCACUCCAGAAUACCAACGCAGCUGCGGCCGCCAUCGGUUCAAUUGCAGUUACAGCACAUGCUGCAGCAAACAGCAACGGGCCUACCAGCGGCAGUGGACACAUCAAUAUUUCUAACGCUGCAGGACAGCCGAACAGCGGCAAUGCCAAGGUACAUGUUUGCCAAAACCAACAAAUGGCUACGACGGAAGCGCACAUUCCUACGCUGCUUGGAGUGACUCCUUUAGGUCCAACGCCACUUCAAAAGGAGCAUCAAAUGCAGUUCCAAAUGAUGGAAGCCGCCUAUUAUCAUUUGCCACAGCCUAUGGACACGGAAAAGCUGCAAACGUACUUCCAUCGCGCACCAGUGCCCACUCCAGCGCAUUAUCCACAGCUCCCUAUAUACGAUACCGUUGAAUUCUAUCAACGACUCUCAACUGAGACGCUGUUUUUUGUGUUCUAUUAUAUGGAGGGAUCCAAGGCCCAAUAUUUGGCGGCAAAGGCUUUAAAAAAGCAGAGUUGGCGUUUCCACACGAAGUACAUGAUGUGGUUUCAAAGGCAUGAGGAACCCAAAAUUAUCAACGAUGAUUACGAACAGGGUACGUACAUCUAUUUUGACUACGAAAAGUGGAGUCAGCGGAAAAAGGAGGGUUUCACCUUUGAAUACAAGUACUUAGAGGACAAAGAGCUGAAUUAAAAUAUUGCGAUGUGUGUUGUCGUUUGUCUAUAAAAAAUGAAUUAAAAGAAUUGAAAAAAUAAUCCCAUUUUCAUACAAAAUUACACAUACACAAAUCAUAACAUAAAAACUCAAAAACACUAAGCGAGAGAUAAAAAAAGAAAAAAAAGAAAGAAAUAAACACGAGAGCAAGCGAGCUGUAAGCAUAAGUUAAAAGAGAAAUGAAGUAUUCGGAAUGUGUGUUAAAAUUUAUGCUUUUUGUGUUUUUUUUCCGCACAAUUCAUAAGGAUGCUAUAAGACAUGAGAUUAAACGUAACUCAUAUUAAAGUUUUCUAAGCGUUCUUUAAGCUGAGCUUUCUUUUUCAUGCAAGCUAUAUAUAUAUUAUAAUACGUUUCGUAGUCCUUUCAACUUCCAAUUGUUUCUUUUUGUAUAAUAUUCUAGCAACCAAGUGCACGCCACAUUUUUAAAUAAAUCAAAAAAAAAAAAAAAAAAAUAAGAACAUUUUGAGCCCAUUUUAAUGUCUUUAAAAUAGGGCCUAUGAUCAAGUUAAAAAAUUCACUACAUUUUUUAAAAAUGAUUGUAAUUUUGGCUACCAGAUUGGGUACAUUCUGAAAGCCAAAAAUAGUGAAAUGCAAAUUGAACUAUUUUAAAUAAAAGAAGGAAUAUGAGUCAAAAGUGGGUCAUGUUAAUAUAUGCACAAUCUCGGUCAAAUUCACUUCGCAAUUUUAAAAUUUUUUAGUUUUAAAACAAAAUUCCCCGUUUAACUAAGUAUAAUGGUGUCAAUUUUUCGUUCUGUCCUUGUCGUUGCGCUUUAGAUUUUACAGUUGACAGUUACAUUAUAAAAUAGUAGUAGAGAUAAUUUUAAGAGACAACUGCAUUUUAGAAUGUUUUGCGUAAAUAAAGCAUUUUUACUGAUAUUGUAAUAUGACACUUAA